CACACCACAAAUAUGCUACGUAUCUUGCAAGCAAAACCAGCAUCUAAAGCCACUCAAAGCAGCCACCACUGUGUUUCACAGCUUUUCUGUCAUGCAUUUGCUAAAUCUGUGCGAUCCAGGGCCAGCUCUAAACAUGUACCACGCACAACUGAAUUCAUCCCAGCAAUACCAGCUCUGAGUUUGUCAGGUCUUUGAGAUGGGAUCACUCAAGAUGACUGAAAAAGCUCCCGGUGCUGCGCUGCCAGAGUCUUCAUGUGCCUACUUGCUUCAAGAACUGAAGAUGAUAUGGGAUGAAGUUGGGCAAGACCAAAGUGAGAGGGAACGAAUACUGGAAGAGCUCGAGCAGGAGUGCCAAGAAGUUUACAGAAGGAAAGUUAAUAGUGCGAAUAUGUCAAGGAUUCAGCUGCAUCAAGCAUUAGCUGAAUCUGAAGCUGAAUUUACCAACCUGCUCCUAUCCCUUGGAGAAAGAUCAUUCCCAGGCCGACCUGAAAAAAUGGCAGGCACUCUAAAGGAGCAGCUGAAUUCCAUUACACCCGCCCUACAAGAAAUGCAGAUGAGAAAAGAAGCCAGAGUAAAACAGUUCAUGGAGGUUCAAACUGAAAUACAAAGAAUUGCUUCUGAAAUUGCUGGACGAUUGGGGACCGAAACUGUCACUGUAAAUGACGAAGAUCUGUCACUGAAGAAACUCGAGGAAUUCCAAAGCGAAUUGCAAAUAAUGAAAAGAGAGAAGAGUGAUCGCCUCUGCAAAGUUGAAGAAUACAAAGUUCUAAUUCAGAAUUUUGGAAAAGUCAUGGGAAUGGAUCCUUCAAAGCUACUCGCUAAUGUUCACCCAAGAUUGUUAGAUGGACCAAACGAGCAACAGACAAAGAAUAUCAGUGAUGAAAUCCUCAAAAAGCUCAACAUGACUGUUCAGCAGCUUAAAGAAGAGAAGAACAAUAGAAGGGAGAAGCUCCAAAACCUCGUAAAAGCAUUAACAAACUUAUGGGAUACACUGGAUACUACCAUGGAGGAACGCCAACCAUAUGGGCAAAUGAAGAUACUUGCAAUAACUUCAGUAAAUGGUAUGUUAGGUCCUGGAAGCCUCACACUUGAGACAAUUCAACAGGUUGAAUCUGAAGUCCAGAGAUUGAAUCAGCUGAAGGCAAGCAAAAUGAAAGAGCUAUUCCUAAAAAAGAGAGCAGAGGUCGAUGAAAUUUGCAAGACAUCACACAUGGACAUGCCUUACCAAACAGAAAUGGACAAAAUAAUGGAUCUGAUAAUGUCAGGAGAUGUUGUACACGAUGAUCUAUUAAAGACUAUGGAUGAAUAUAUAUACAAAGCGAAAGAGGAGGCCACAAGCAGGAAAGAUAUAGUGGACAAGGUCGAGAAAUGGAUGGCUUCAUGUGAUGAGGAACGAUGGCUAGAAGAAUACAGCAGGGAUGAGAGAAGGUAUUCAAUAAGCAGAGGAGCCCACAAGCACCUGAAACGGGCAGAGCGUGCUAGAAUCAUAGUAAACAAAAUCCCAGGCUUGGUAGAACAGUUAAUGGCCAAGACACAAUUCUGGGAACAGGAGAGAAACAAGAUCUUCUACUAUGAUGAGCUUCCGCUUCUGGCAAUGCUGAAAGACUACAUGUUGACACUCAAAGAAAAAGAAGAAGAGAAAUACAGGCAACGGGAGAAUAAAAAGAUACAGACUCUACUUGUAAAGAGGAAUGAGAAUACAUUAAUGUUAAGGCCCAACACAAGCUUCAGUCGUCCAUCAAGCAGAGCCUUCAAUAGUCCUGGCUCCACAUCCAUACGGAGCAGCCAAGUUUCUGCCAAAGUUCUACUACUACCUGACUCAGAGAACUCUCCAGCUGAAAAAGAUAUGCAUGCAAAAAGAAUUAGGAACAGAGCUAUGCAGAACGCACUGGGAAAAAACAGAAGCUGUUCAACCUCUCAUGAAGAUAAAACAUCAGUCUCCACAGUGAAACAAGGCCUUUCACCAAUUUGAUUUUUCCAUGUUUUUUUUUUUGCCUUCAAAUUUUAUACAGUAAGUUGUCCGUCCAAUAUGUGAAGUUACAACUACUGCCUUAAGCUAUUAGAAAAAAAUGAAUAUCAGUAGGUUUGUAAGCACCUUAUACCAUACUAACAUAUUUAUUGAUGUAUCAUUCAGGAAAGUAUGCUAUUUUAACUUUUUGUAUGCUGAA